AUGACAUCAACACCAUCCUCCGCCAGCACUCCUAAGAAGCCGGCUGUCAAGGCGAAGACGAAAAAGUCGGACAGCAAGGCUUCUAAAGGACGGGCUUCGAAGGCAAUAUCCGUGCCCAUCCUGCGAUUACCGCCCGAAAUAGUCCUCCUUAUCGACAACCUUCUCGAACUCGCCGAUCGGCUCGCUCUCUGCAGGACGAAUCGCAAAUUCUACUUGAUUAUCAACCCGGAGAUAUAUCGUGACAAUGUCAAGUUGAACAACGCUUCGUGCCUCUUUUGGGGCGCGGACCAGGGCCAGUUGGGUACCCUCAAGCAUGCUCUGGCCGCGGGUGCCGAUCUAAACGCUUCGGGUCCGGUCCCACGCAAAGCCGGCGAGAGCGACAGCAGUAAUGACGCAGACGAAGUCGACAACCAGGCUAGCGACGGGAAUGAUGCCGACCCCGGGGCCGAGCUGUUCGAAGAGUCUCUCGAAGCACGCCCACAGCCGUCCUGCACACCGCUCCAUCUUGCUGCGAAGAGCGGCCACCGCGAGGUCGUCGAAUGGCUGCUGGAUAAUGGAGCCGACAUCGACGCCCCGUCUUACAGGGUUUGCGAAUGCCAGUCCCUUAAGUCGGGAAGGCAUUCCUCUCGGCGCCUCUCCGAAUGGCCUCGGUGGCGCGCCCUGCACGUCGCCAUGUGCAACCACGAACGGUCGGUAGCCGAACUGCUCAUCUUCCGCGGGGCUUCGCUUGACCUUGACGCUACACCGGGCCAUAACCACACAGCUCUCCACUCAGCCUCAGCCCACGCCUUGAUCCCCAUCAUCAAGCUGUUGGCCCUAAACGACAUCAACCUCGACGUUAACCAACGCGACGCCUGGGAUAAUACUGCGCUGCACUACACAUCGGAAAUCUGGAGCCCGCGUGAUUCGGACGAAAUUCGAGACACCAUCACCAAGCUCCUUGCCCUGGGCGCUGACUUGGAGGCUCAUAACGAAAACGGGCAUACCCCGCUUCUCAACGCAUGCUUCAGAGGCAACUUCGCGGUUGCUCAUCGACUCGUGAACAUCGGUGCCAAUCCGGACCCGCACGGGCACAUUCCCAACUUCCGGGACUACCGACCACUGUAUUACUGCAUGCAACCCCGCACCGACUUCUUCGAUAUGGACGAGGCGCCGGUCAAACAUGACGAAUUCGAGGGUAACCGUGUAACGCUGAUCAAGGCUCUGGUCGACGCCGGCGCCGAUGUCAACGCCCGGUUCGACAAACGUGGCCACCGCGGCGUAACACCACUGAUGCUUGCCUGCGAACUGGCCGAGCCUCGCGCUGUGGCCGCCCUCGUGCAAAGCGGCGCCGAGAUCCACGCACAAGAUCGAAGCGGGAGGACAGCACUGUGCUAUGCCGUGACAGUAAGGCAGGACCAUCGAGGUGAAAUUCCCGAGAUAGCGACCAUUCUGCUCCGGCACGGCGCCCGUAUGGACCUGGAGGAGGACCCGAAUCCCAGCCCUUUAGACACCGCCGUUAAGCACACUCGAUGGGGAGAAGACGAUGUGCUCGAGGUGAUGCUCAAAGUAGCGGAUGAGAGGAACGUCACUGAAGCCAAACUCAAAAGCACCAUGAGGGUUUGCGCUUCCUCCGGCGGGAAUCACAAGGCACUGAAGCUGCUCCUUGACUUUGCAGACAGAGUCUACAACGUUACUGAUGCGGAUGUGAAGGAGUACUUGGGCCUGACCAUUCGGCAGUGCGACUCGUGGAGCCAGAUCGAGACGUUCAAUUGCCUAAUGGACUUUGGGAGAGCGGUUUAUACCAACGAAAUGUUGCUGCUCAUGACUAUCAUGCAGCAGAACCGGGAGCUGAGCUUGGCGGUAAUGCAGCGUGGCGUCUCGAUCUGCGAACCGCGGUUCCACGGUGGCCAGACAUACCUGCAUCUUGCCUGCCAGUGGGGUGAUCUGGAAGUUGUCAAGGCGCUGUUGGAGCGGGGAGCCGACGUUGACGUCUUCGACCACGAGCUGAGGACGCCGCUGUCGAUCGCCGUGGGCGAGAGCUUCACAUGCGUUGCUGUGGAGCUCAUGAAGGAAGUCGCCGACCCCUUCAUCGUGCCACCCGACGAGCUGCUCCAGGAGCUCUUCGGCGACGAGGACGAAGACGAAUGGCGUUUCGUCAAGCGGCGAUAUUUGACUGCCUUCGACAUCGCCAUCCGCGACGCCCGUCUCGACAUCCUAGAGGACAUGCUUUCGCGAUAUGGCCUGCCUGAGAUCCCGCCCAAGACCCGAUUCAGUUAUGUCCACCGCGCCUGCCAGCACCCGAAUCCGGCGAUCCUGAAGUUGCUCCUCGAGAAGGGGGCGGACCCGGCCGGCGGCGAAGACUGCCCCAACCCACCGGCCGUGCAGUUGAUCCGCCGCGUCUGGGACCAACCCCGAUUGCCAGACACGGCCGUGAGUCUGCUGCAAAUGGCCGACGUGCUGCUCAAGAAGCACAUGGGCACCUUCCCCUGGGAUCUCGUACGAGAGAUUGCGCUGUACAAGACGGACGAUCCGGACAGGAAGGCGCUCCGGGACCUGGUCAUGGCGGAAUUGGGCAUCACGAUCGAGUACUACACAGAUGGGGCCGAGCCCGUCUCCGGCUUUCGCGGCCUGGGACUGGGAAUCACGCGUGGCAUAUGGCAGAGUGACCUUACGAAGUGGACGACAUCUACCUGAUGGAUAUACCCUGGCACCGUAGCUUGCUUGAGGCCGCUCAAGAAGCUUUCAUAUCGCACCCCUAACUACUAGGCAGACACAAGAUUUCAGCCCUUGAUGAACCCGCUAUUGAUGAUGUGGAAAUCUCAUAACGUCAGUAGGCUGCAUCCGGGAGAAUGUCCUGAACUCGGUGUUGUUGCAUGCAACACGGAUGCGGGUGCCAAAAGAUCAAGAUUCCAGGAAAGGUGAAAAAUGAAGUGGUGGUUGCACUUAAUGGGAAGGGAAAAAUAUGACGCCAA